AUGUCGGUGGCAUCACGCAUCACAGAACGGCGCGCCAGCCUCGAACCCACUCAGGAAGUUGAAGAUGUUACAAUACACAGUCGGUCCUCGAGGAUCGUCCUCCACAGUGACCCCAUCGACGUCCGACCUCCUACCCCCAAAGCAACAGGCAACCUCCUCCGCUCCAGUCCCGACAUGGAACUAAGGAACCUGCGGACCAGUCGCGAAGACGAAAAGGUCGAAUCAGCGGUGACCGCAGUGGUGGCGGACGGACUGCUAGGGAACACGCAGAUGCAAUCGCAGCCGCAGCAACGGUACCAGCCCGACACCGCUCUUCCGGCGCAUCCGCUGUUCCCGCCGCUGCCCUCGUACAGUCCGCCUUCGCUUGCGCUCACGGUGCGCUGCGUGGCGCUGCGGUGUGUCUCGUUCGUUCUGUCGCUCUUGUUUCUGGGGAUUGUUGUGGUUGGUGCGCUUGUGGGUUUCGCUGGCACGCAGCUGGAUAAUCUGCGGAUGAGGAUUAGCGGUGAGGAUCCGAACUCGCGGCGGAAAUUUUACGCCGAGGAGCGCGAGCGGCAGUUGAGUCGAGAGGAGGAGCUUCGGAGGUGGAAACGGCGGCAGGCGAAGCGGGAUGUUGACGAGGAGGCGCCGGAUGAGUGUCCGCCCUCGGAGGGCGGGCGGGACUUGCUUGUUUGCGAUGUUGGGUAUUAUGCGCGGCGGGUGGGACUCGACGUGGAGACGUUCAAAGUCCAGACGGAGGACGGGUUUAUCAUCACGAUGUGGCAUGUUUAUAACCCGCAGGAGUAUACGCCUUUGUCUGAAGAGGAGAGAGGGCCCCGAGGUCCUAACGUGUUUACUGGGCGGAGAAGGGUGGAUUCUUCCAGUUCAAACCGCCGGUAUCCUGUUCUGCUGGUCCAUGGGCUGUUGCAGAGUGCUGGUGCGUUCUGCGUGAAUGACGAUGACAGUCUGGCUUUCUAUCUUUGCAAAGCCGGGUACGAUGUCUGGUUAGGCAAUAAUCGCUGCGGGAUAACGCCGGAGCAUACAACGCUGUCGACUGGCGAUCCGCGGAUGUGGACGUGGAACAUCCGGCAGAUGGGUGUGCUGGACUUGACCGCGCUUAUUUCGCGGGUUCUGUUUGAGACCGGGUUUGAGAAGCUGGGGCUUGUGUGCCACUCGCAAGGUACCGCGCAGACAUUCGUGGCGCUGUCCAAACACCACCGCCCGGAGCUUGGCGGAAAGAUAUCUGUAUUCUGUGCCCUCGCGCCGGCCGUAUAUGCCGGACCUUUGAUUGAGAGACUCUACUUUCGAUUCAUGCGAGUCAUACCGCCUGGUAUGUUCCGGACUAUCUUCGGCAUCCACGCGUUCAUCCCGAUCAUGAUGACCGUCCACCGGUUCCUCCAUCCUCGCAUCUACGGAGCGUUGGGGUAUCAUGUUUUCGCGCACCUGUUCGGGUGGAGCGACGCCCGCUGGGAUCGCGGACUACGCGAUCGCAUGUUCCAAUUCGCACCGGUGUAUGUCAGCAGCGAGACGAUCCGGUGGUGGUUGGGUCGGGGCUGCUUCGCGACGCAGCGGUGCAUCCUGGCCACGAUGGAAGACACCCUUGCCGAGAUGGAGGAGGAUCUCCGUCUGCAACGAAACGGAGACCAAGCGGGCUCGCGGACCGACACCGCCUGGUACGGGCCGCAGACGCCCCCGUUUGCGCUGUGGGUUGCGGGGUCUGAUGCGCUGGUCGACGGGCGGCGUCUCCUUCAGCGGUUCCGGAGCGGACGCGAGCCGCAUGUGCAGGUGGUGCAUUCCAAGGUGAUUGAAGAGUAUGAGCAUCUGGAUGUACUGUGGGCCAUGGAUGCAGUGGAGCAGGUGGGUAAGGAGGUGCGAGAUGUCAUAUACAUGACCAUGCCGGAGGAGGCGCGGAAAUGCUGUCUGGUUCCAAAGGGGUGUUGUUGA